AUGGGUAUUGGAGCCAUGAACAUGUUGGCACUAUUAUUCAUUAUCAGCCAUUCCGAACGACAUUGUGGAACAAUCCAAAGAACAAAGUGCCAUACCAUUGAUGGCCGUUGCAAAUUAACGAAUGAAUGUAAAAAAGAUGCAUCACAUUCGAAAAUGCUGAUAUCGUUAUCUUAUGCUGGUAACUAUUACACAUCAUCUUACACUGUUAGCGAUAUUGAUAAACGGAUAAGAAAUAACAGUGGUAAGCUAAACAACAAAAAUAAAUAUUAUAAGAGCGAUGCAAUCAGGAAAUAUUUGUCACCCAAUGAUUUUACUCCAUAA